UUUCCUAGCUUUCUCCUUGUGCAAUAUAUUAUUAAAAAUGGUGAAAAUAAUUAUGAGAUUUGCUAGUUCUUUGCUAAAGGAAAUACGGUUUAGUGAAAGGAGUAACUCCAGAAGAAAAGCCAAGGUUGAAACUAGUACUACUUCUCCUACUACUUAUGUAUGCAGAGAUGAGCUGAAUAUUAAGAAGAAGCCCAAAAUCAAGAAACAAGUGAAAUUUGAUCUUGAACCUAAAUACCAACAUCCAGCAGAAGAAGAAAUUAGCCAUGAGGAGCAAAAGAAAAAUAAUACUGUUGCUGUUGAUAAUGCAAAUAAUGGGAUAAUUAAAGUGAAAAUAUUGAUGAAAAAGGAAGAUGCAGAAAGGCUGUUAUUGAAGUGUAAAGAAGGAGGGGUACUUGAAUUCAAGGAUGUAGCUCAAGAGCUUGUACAAGUUCCUUCUACUAGUGUUAGGGUUCUGUCUUCUUCUAGUAACAGUAGCGGAGCCAUAUCAGUCUAA